UUUUUAUUAUAAAAGAAUUCAAAAAAUGGCAUCAUUAAGCGGACAAACGUAUCAAGAAGAAAUAUUAUCAAUGGUAGAAGAGCCAAAUUAUUAUAAUCAACGAGGAGAAAUUGCUACAUUUUAUUCUGGAAAGAAAAUUUUUAUAACAGGAGGCUUAGGAUUUAUAGGACGGCUUAUAAUGGAAAAACUUUUAAGAUGUUGCCCAGAAAUAACAACGAUUUAUUUGCUGGUAAGGGCAAAGAAACAGAAGGAUCCGCAAACUCGAUUUAAAGAGUAUUUCAAUGAUGUUAUUUUUGAUAGGUUAAAGAGAGAGCAAAAAGAUGUUGAAAAGAAGAUUAUUGUGAUUGAAGGAGACACGAGUCUAUUGAUUGUAGGAUUGUCAGAGAGAGACCGCGAUCGCAUUAAAGAUACCGAUGUAAUUUUUCACAGUGCGGCAUCAGUACGUUUUCUGGACAAUAUUCGUAUUAUAGUUAAUACAAAUAUUAGAGGAACAAGGGAUCUUCUCUUGCUUGCACAAGAGAUGAAAAGAUUAAAGGCCUUUGUUUAUGUUUCAACGGCCUACUCGCACUGUGUUUACAAUAAAAUCGAAGAAAAAUUGUAUAAGCCACCUAUGAAGACAGAAGACACAAUUAGAUUGACAGAGAUUUUGACCGAAGACCAAUUAAAUUUAAUCACUCCAAAGCUACUGGGUAAGUGGCCUAACACCUACGCAUUUUCAAAGGCAAUCUGUGAAGAUACAGUACGGCAAUAUUCUAAUGGAAUUCCCACUGGCAUUGUUCGGCCAUCUAUUGUUGUCGCAACAGAAAAGGAACCAAUAGCUGGCUGGAUAAACAAUUUCAAUGGAUUUACAGGUGUUGUUUUUGGUACCUCAAAAGGUAUUUUACGAACACUGUAUUGUGAUAGAGACUUAAUUGUCGAUAUAAUUCCUGCUGAUUAUGUCGUCAACAACAUUAUUGCUGCAGCAUGGGAUGUUGCACAAAAACGAURCAUAUCACAGAGUGUUAAUGUUUCCAGCAGUGAUAAUAAGUACUUACCUGUUGACGAUGAGAUUCCAGUUUAUAAUUCUGUUUCCUCCGUUCAAAGACCAAUUACUUAUGAUACUAUAAUGAGAAAUGUAUUUUUUGAGGGAUUUCAAGUCCCGUCGAAAAAAGUGCUUUGGUACGGCUCAAUAUGGUUUAUCAAACACUAUUAUUUCUAUAUCUUUAUUACAAUUUUUUUACACUGGAUACCAGCAAUAAUAGUGGACKUUCUAUUAUAUCUAAGAGGAAAAAAGCCAAUAUUUACAAACGAUAAUGUCUUGAAGUUAUGGGACAAAUUAUCUAUUGUUGAUAAAAGUAACUUCUUCUUUAAUGUUGCUGAUAUUGAUUGGAAGUGUUUUUYUAUUACUUACAUCAGGGGAUUGCGAGUAUUUUUAAUUAAAGACCCAAUGGAUACGGUUGAAGAAUCGAGACCUUUUUAUAGAAGGUUGACAAUAGCUCAUUAUACGUUAAAGUGGUUUAGUUAUUUUUUGAUUCUUUGGAUUUUAUAUUCUUUAUUAUAUU